GAUACACCAGAGAUGUAUUUUUUUUUUUUUUUUUUUUUUUGUAAAACGACCCGGAAGAAGUUAGUGCAAAAUGUGAUAUCGGGAGGCCGAGGUCAGGAAUUCUCUCUCACAACCAUCUUGGAUAUAGAAUCCUAGCUCGACACAAGCAUGCCUGGUGAAGCCACAGAGACUGUCCCGGUCACUGAGCAGGAGAUGCAGCAGCCACAAGUUGAGACUGCCGCACCCUCUGCCCCUGCAAGUGUGGCUACCUCCCAGGAACCCCAGGCUGCUUCUGGCCCUGCCAAGCCCAAAGGCAAAGAGGCCAAGGGUGGCUCGACCCCAAAGGCUGUCCCUGGCAGAAGAAAAAAGACCUCGAUAUCUGCCUCCUCCUCUUCUCCUACCUCCCCAAAGCAAACCUCAACACCCCGUUCCCCCUUAGCGACCUCACCUGGGGCAUCUGGAGCUCCCAGCCAGGGCAACCGUGCUGUCCCAAAGGUUGUAAAGGCUGGCAAACAAGGAAAGGCUAAGAAAGGAGAGGCUUUCAAGCCUGCUGUUGACCUGCCAGCCGCAGCCAAAGCUCCUGCACCCACAGAGGCCAAACCUGUUCCUAUUGAGCUUAAAGCUGCUCCUGCACCAGUAGUGGCCAUGCCAGCACCUGUUGCUGCAGAUCCUGCACCUGCCUCACCUGUCUCUCCCAAGCCUGAGGCUUCCCCUGUGGCCUUCAAAGUGACCUCAAAGCCUGCAGCAUCAGCCCCUAUGUCAUUUGCUGAUGCUGUUGCCUCUAGCCCACUUAAAGCUGCCCCUGAAAUGCCUAAGGCCAAGCCUAAGGCCAAGCCUAAGCCUGUGCCCAAAGCUGAGGUGAAAGAGGUCAAGGCAACCCCUGCACCAGCUGAGCCUGCUCUGGAGGAUGAUGACCUUCCACCUCUCAUUCCACCAGAGGAGCCAGUAAAGAUGCCAGUCUACUCACCCCCUACAGUAGUAGAGGCUCCUAAGCCUGCCCUAGUUGCUUCUCCAGCUCCCCCUAAACCAGCUCCAGUUGAGCCUGUUGUAGCUGCACCAGCUCCGCCCAAGCCUGUGCCAAUUAAGCCCGUUGUAGCUGCACCAGCGCUGCCUAAGCCUGCACCAAUUAAGCCCGUUGUAGCUGCACCGGCUCCGCCCAAGCCUUGCCCAGUUGGGCCCAUUGUAGCUGCACCAGCUCCACCUAAGCCUGCGCCAAAAAAGCCCGUUGUAGCUGCAUUGGCUCCGCCCAAGCCUUGCCCAGUUGAGCCCGUUAUAGCUGCACCAGCUCCACCCAAGCCUGCGCCAAAUAAGCCCGUUGUAGCUGUUCCGCCCAAGCCUGCGCCAAAUAAGCCCGUUGUAGCUGCACCAGCUCCGCCCAAGCCUUUCCCAGUUGAACCUGUUGUAGCUGCACCAGCUCCGCCCAAGCCUGCGCCAAUUGAGCCUGUUGUAGCUGCACCAGCUCCACCCAAGCCUGCGCCAAUUGAGCCUGUUGUAGCUGCACCAGCUCCACCCAAGCCUGCGCCAAUUGAGCCCAUUGUAGCUGCACCGGCUCUGCCCAAGCCUGCGCCAAUUGAUCCUGUUGUAGCUUCCCCUAAGCCUGUUGAAGUAGCCAUUGUACCACCACCUCCAGUUUCAAAACCUGCCCCCACCCCUGCUAAAACCCCAACCAAACCGGAGCCUGUGACCAAGAAUGAGGGGUCUGGCACUGAAUCGGACAGCGAUGAGUCUGUACCAGAUCUGGAGGAACAGGACUCCGCACAGACACAGCAAGCACAGCUUGCAGCUGCUGCAGAAAUAGAUGAGGAACCCGUUAGCAAAGCCAAACAGAGCCGUAGUGAAAAGAAGGCACGAAAGGCAAUGUCAAAGCUGGGCCUCAGGCAGGUGACGGGGGUCACCAGGGUUACCAUUCGCAAGUCUAAGAACAUCCUAUUCGUCAUCACCAAACCAGAUGUCUACAAGAGCCCUGCAUCAGACACUUACAUUGUCUUUGGUGAGGCUAAGAUCGAGGAUCUCUCACAGCAAGCCCAGUUGGCAGCGGCAGAGAAGUUCAAGGUACAGGGAGAAGCUGUGUCGAACAUCCAGGAGAACACACAGACGCCCACCGUACAGGAGGAGAGCGAAGAGGAAGAGGUUGACGAGACCGGGGUCGAGGUGAAGGACAUUGAACUUGUGAUGUCACAAGCCAACGUGUCGCGAGCGAAGGCUGUACGCGCCCUGAAAAACAACAACAACGACAUUGUCAACGCAAUUAUGGAGUUGACGAUGUAGGCUGCUGGAGUCGACGGGGUUCUGAAAGGUUGCUGAUUUUAAUCUAUCGUUGGUACAAUUUAUACCCAAGAUAGAAAUAAAGAUGUGGCUUGGUAAAUCGA